AUUCCACACAGCCGCCGUGGAACCAUCGGGAGGUAGAUAAGUAGGGAUAGAGCGAACGCGAAGAGUGGGAAAUAAUUCGGGCGUCGCGACGACCGUGGGAGUCGCGCCGCUACUUCCGAGGAAACAGCAUCCCGGGGGAUAACAUCACGUAAUCGUUUUUUAGAUAACAGGGAGAGGCAGCCGAAUCUCGAGAUGUCGAGGCCAAUCCUAAGCAGGCCGCGCACCUUCAUCUACGGCAGCAACUACGACAAGGGCGAGUCCUAUUACAAGCCCAUGGUCGACCACCUAGACCGGAAGUACAGCGGGCGGCCGUUGUUCCCGGAGCAGAGAAACUCACUAGCCGACGAGAUCGCGGCGCGCCGUAACGACUUCGGUUCUCGUAACCUGUCGGGAAAUCGCGAUGAUUCCUACGACGAGCUGGAUUUUUUGCUCGGUAGUCGAUCUAUUCUGGAGGAUCCUUACGAGGACGAUUUCGUGCUCACUCACCGUCGUUUCAAGGAACGCGCGGCCGCCGCGUUCGAGGAGGAUAUGGCGGAAUUGAGACGCAAGCGGCGAGAUAUGCAGGAUCGCAUCUUCGACGUGAUUGAUCUGAACGCCGAGAUAGAGAAGGCCAAGAGCACGCUGGAGGCCGCCGACAUCGUGUUUCAGCGUCACGCAACCAAGUUCGACAAUCAGGAUGACAACGAGCAGACGAUGUCGGUAGCGCAGAAACUUGACAGAACGCGCAAGAUCGGGAAUGUCGAGCUGGAGAAGCCGAAGCCCAAGACCUUCCUGAUGAAGUGGCCCAAGACGUCGUCGGUCGACGAGCCGGAAGCUACUCAGCCAGCCGCUCAGACAGGAAGACAGCGCAGGAUCAACUCGCUAAUUGAUACCGGCGAGAUCGGUGAUCCGCUCGAAGCUCUCGCGAUGCAGCCGAUGAAGCGACGGUUUUUGAAGAGGAAGAAAAGCGUUUCGUUUUAAGGAUCGAAAAUGCUUUUCUAUCCGAUACUGUGUGUAAAAUCUAUUAAUCUUACUUUAGCCGAAGAUUCUUAAAAUUUGGAAUUUUUUUUUCAUUUUAUUUAAGAAUCAAGUACUUGUAUAAUUAAUGGCUAAAUUAAAAUUUUGUCUUUGUUCAAAUUUAAAUCAUUUUAAAUAGGACCAAGAAUAUGCCUUUUUGAAGUUGCAUUUUUGAAGACUAAUUCCUCAAAUUAAUUCUUCUUUUUUAAUUUUUUCAUUUAAAAAUGACUUAUAUUUUUAUAGAAGAAAAAUCUACUCCAGAUUAAUUUAAAGAUGCAUUUUUAAUAUUCACUUUCCAAAAGAUUAGAUAUUCGGCAUUCUAUUAACGUCAUGACGAAGAAGCACUUAAAAUCGCGAAGAUAUUUUUAUUAAUUAUAUUUUGCUUAAUCCCUCUCUCAUCAAAGUACAAUUAAUUAAUUGCGUUCAUUCAUUUAAUUAAUCCAAGAAAUUUUCUUUUAUUUCUUGAAAUAAUUUUCCGUGCCAGCAGAUUGUUAUUAUAAUAGAAAAAUAGUUUGUUCGUAUUUAUAAUAAAGAUUAAGUAUCAAAUAAAAUUAAAUAGUUUUAA